AUGAAAGUGGUCUUCGAAUUUGGCGACGCCAGUCCAAUUCAAAAUAUAGAUUUUGAAAAAUGGGUUCACAUUCACAACUACCCUUAUAGAGACGUCUACAAUGGCACACUGAUACUGUCGCACCCAGAUAAAGGCAACAUCACCUUCAGGUUAGACGUGCGGGUUGGCACAUUCCAGCUGGUCGUAGAAUCUCUUGGUGGUCUGUGUCCAACACCUUCCAGUCCGGCAUUUACAGAGCACGUGAUGUUUCCUGCAACACUGGAAGUGGAGGGAUCGGUCAGAGACUUAACACUAGAGGUAAAACCAGGUGAAAUACCCCAUCCUCCAGGAAAUGUCACUGCUUAUGUUCGACUAAAGUCUUCACAAAGGAUCAUGCACAUGAACUGUACGUUUAAUUGGGACGAGAUCAUGGACGAGACUUUUAUCACCUUUACCGGUCCGAUGGAAUCGAAUGCUGUAGUCGUUUAUCGAUACAACUACAUCACGCUGGGCUCCAAAGUCGUGACGUUGGAAUGUAGCAAUGCCUACUCGCACAGCAUCGUUCAGGUGGAGGUUUUCGUUACAAAUCAGUGUUUUUCGCCAGACCCCAUCUUCGACAGACAGUACAGCAAGCAGGCGAAGCCCAUGACAGUGCUGAACUCCGAGCCGGCGAAACUCGUCACACGCACUGUCAUCAAGUGCACGGAUAUCAAACCCAACUUUACCUGGGCCAUCAAGGUCGUCAAAAACGAUUCGAUACUGCCCUUUGAGUACCCACAUCUUGAUUACCUGACGUGGGAGCGUGGGCAGCUUGAGCCCGACUUGUACCGGUUUAGUCUCAACAUCUCCUUCGGGCGCGAGCAUGACUUCUGUUGGCUGUCGGAGAUGAUAUACGUCAGGGUGGAGAGGGCACCGUUAGUUGCUGACAUCCAGGGUGGCACCAGGAAGACAGGUGAUCCUCACGCCAUAGUGGACGCUCGGACAGGUUCCUACGACCGCAUCAUGGGCUACGGCAACAACGAGGGCUUAGCGUUCACCUGGAGCUGCAGGACCUACAACUCCACCAGCGUGCAAGAGUUACUCUCCUUGGAAUCGGCUGCUUCCCCAGGCUCGUCCGUUCCAUGUGACAGAAUAUCCACUGAAAUCGAGGCUGGCAAGAGACAACUUAACAUCUCCGAUGACGUUCAGUCUAUGGGAUUUCUGUUCGAGGUUGCUGUAUCCUAUGAUGACUUGACAUCCAACGCCACUGCGCAUGUACAGUUCAUCCGGGGCUCUCUCAACACCGAGAUCGUAUGCAUUCUGAACUGUGGGAUGAAGGUUGCAGUAUCAUCUAAGUUGGUUCUCAAUGUAACCUGCGAUCGUUGCACACAAGAACCCAGUGCGACAGUCAUAUACGUAUGGAAGAUCUUUAAGGUCGACAAUUCAACCAACGGAACUAAAGUUGAAAUCUCGGACACUAACAUUUUUGAGAAGACAGACACAAGCAUUGGACGAGGGGCGGUGAUCAAGGAGAAUGCGCUGGAAGGUGGUCAGACGUACCGGGUGGAGGUUAACGUGACACUGCUGGAUGAUCACUCCAAUGGCUUUGCCGCCAGAGAGUUCAGGACAAACUGUCCGCCAUGGGGAGGCAACUGCACGGUAACUCCACUACAAGGCAAUGUUAUGACGGAUUCCUUCUCGAUGGCAUGCACUGGCUGGAAGGACGAGGGCUUUUCUGAGGACGCCAACAGUACAAGUGAUGGAGACGAAGAAUCGUUACUUUUGGCGCCUUUGAUUUACAAGUUUCUGCUGAGACGAUAUAACACGAUUUUUCCUAUCGCUCAAGGAGGGGAGAGCAAAAUGCCUCGAAUAAUGUUACCAUAUAUUCCGGGACCAAAUAACUCUGAGCAUGAGCUGGUGGCUCGUAUUUAUGAUCCAUGGAAUGACUUCAUUGAAGUUUCCCAGCCUAUCAAGCUUUACGCCAAUGACAGCAGUUCAAGUUUAGAAAAUACUCUGGAAUUUUGGUAUGGCCAGGUUUCCUACACUAACCGGUCAUCGAACUUGGAAAAGCAGAUGAAAAGUCUUACUAUCGCGAGCUCUUUGAUCUCUACAUUCGUGAGUGGCUCUACUUUCUCUGACCUCUCUGGUCUCUGGUCGUUACACUGGCGGAACAACAUCUAA